UAGAUAGACAUGGUCGGCAAGAGACACCACCGCCCACCCUAACUUUAGCCGCCCUUUUGUUGAUGUCUCAUUAAUUACAUUUUAGGUCUUAAUGUCCACAUCAUACCUGACUUAACUCCACCAUUUGGAUCUUGGACGGCUUUUGUUUGGAUUCCGACAUAAGUCCAGCAAACAUCCUCUGGCACGCUCUGUGUAAGAGAUUCCCUUUUCCCCAUAUGAAGCAAACCUUAUAUUAUUUUUAUUUUUCUCAGCUGCCAAACAAGGCUUAACUCAAGUUGGGUUGAAUUCCAUUUGCAUCUCUCUCAUUUCUGCUAUAUAUACAUAUAUAUAUAUAAAUCAAGAGUCUUAUGCUAUAUUAUUAACGAUCUAAUAACAUUUCUUUUCUCCUCCUUAGGCUAUAUACCUUCAGUUUCUCUGUUAUUUUUUUUCAUUUUCAGAGAAGCUCAGUGUUUUUUUGCUUAAACAAGGCUAAUCAGAGAUGGCUGAUGAGGAUAUUCAACCUCUUGUUUGUGACAAUGGAACUGGAAUGGUCAAGGCUGGUUUUGCUGGUGAUGAUGCCCCAAGGGCAGUGUUUCCUAGUAUCGUCGGUCGACCACGUCAUACAGGCGUGAUGGUGGGAAUGGGUCAAAAGGAUGCUUAUGUAGGAGAUGAAGCUCAAUCAAAGAGAGGUAUCCUUACCUUGAAGUACCCUAUCGAACAUGGCAUUGUCAGCAAUUGGGAUGACAUGGAAAAGAUUUGGCACCAUACUUUCUACAACGAGCUUCGUGUCGCCCCUGAAGAACAUCCGGUACUUCUUACAGAAGCACCGCUUAACCCCAAGGCUAAUAGGGAGAAGAUGACUCAGAUAAUGUUUGAAACAUUUGAUGUGCCUGCUAUGUAUGUUGCUAUUCAGGCAGUUCUUUCACUUUAUGCCAGUGGUCGUACAACAGGUAUUGUGUUGGAUUCUGGUGAUGGUGUGAGCCACACUGUGCCAAUUUAUGAAGGCUAUGCUCUUCCCCAUGCCAUUCUCCGGUUAGAUCUUGCCGGUCGUGAUCUUACGGAUUCCUUGAUGAAGAUCUUAACCGAGAGAGGGUACUCUUUUACGACGACUGCAGAACGGGAAAUUGUUCGUGACAUGAAAGAGAAGCUUGCAUACGUAGCUCUUGAUUACGAGCAAGAAUUGGAGACUGCCAAGAGUAGCUCUACCAUUGAAAAGAGUUACGAAUUGCCCGAUGGUCAAGUGAUUACAAUCGGAGCAGAGAGGUUCCGUUGCCCCGAAGUAUUGUUCCAACCAUCUCUGAUCGGAAUGGAAGCAGCCGGAAUCCACGAAACUACAUACAACUCCAUUAUGAAGUGUGAUGUUGAUAUCAGAAAAGACCUGUAUGGAAACAUAGUGCUGAGUGGUGGAACAACCAUGUUCCCUGGUAUUGCUGAUAGGAUGAGCAAGGAAAUCACUGCACUUGCACCUAGCAGCAUGAAGAUCAAGGUGGUUGCACCUCCUGAGAGAAAAUACAGUGUUUGGAUUGGAGGCUCCAUUUUAGCUUCUCUUAGCACCUUCCAGCAGAUGUGGAUUUCCAAGGCUGAGUACGAUGAAUCAGGUCCUGCUAUCGUUCACCGGAAGUGUUUCUGAUUUGGAUAAUAUGAAUUAUCAAGUCUACAUUAAUCGGUCCGUGUCGUUGCGAGUUCAGUUUGGUUGUCUCCGGAAAGCUUUUUUUUCUUUAAUCAAUCUGGUAUAUAUAUAUUAUAUUAUUGUUGGCAUUGAGUGGCUUGUAAAUUGUAAUGCUUUGGUCUAUCUUUCGUUUAGGCCACAAAGUCUUCAUUUUGGGAAUUUUCCGUUAGAUCAUUGAAUGAUUUUUUUUUAUUAAAAAGAUUGAUUGCAAGAUAUAUAAUAAGAAUCAGAAGUACGUUUUUUGUUUGAUUAAA